UAUUGGGAAGACGAUAUGCUUGUUCGAAUUACUAAUGCAACUGUCAACUACUUCUAUGAGUACCUGGGAACCACUAGAAGACUGGUUAUUACGCCCCUGACUGACCGCUGUUACCGGACUCUGGUAGGGGCCUACCAUCUGCAUCUCAAUGGAGCUCCUGAAGGUCCUGCAGGCACAGGCAAGACUGAGACUACCAAGGACUUGGCCAAGGCUCUGGCCGUACAGUGUGUAGUUUUUAAUUGUUCUGACGGCUUGGACAGCAUUGCUAUGGGAAAGUUUUUCAAAGGACUUGCCUCAUCAGGAGCAUGGGCAUGUUUUGACGAAUUCAACAGAAUUGAAGUUGAAGUGUUAUCGGUUGUUGCACAACAAAUUCUGUCAAUAGUGCAAGCAGUCAGAAAUAAGAUGGAAAAGUUUAUGUUUGAAGGAACCGAGAUAAUCCUAAACCCUUCUUGUUACGUGUGUAUAACCAUGAAUCCAGGCUAUGCUGGUAGAUCUGAGCUCCCAGACAAUCUCAAGGUUCUUUUUCGCACAGUAGCAAUGAUGGUGCCUGACUAUGCAAUGAUAGGAGAAAUAGAGCUGUAUUCUCAUGGAUUCAUUGAUGCAAGACAACUCUCAGUCAAGAUAGUUACAACUUAUAGAUUGUGUUCGGAACAACUCUCGUCUCAAUCACAUUAUGAUUACGGCAUGAGAGCUGUAAAAACAGUACUAAAUGCUGCCGGUAACCUUAAACAGAGGUUUCCAGAUGAAUCUGAAAAUAUUUUAUUGCUCCGUUCAAUAGUCGAUGUGAACUUGCCCAAGUUCUUGAAUCAUGAUAUUCCUCUAUUUGAUGGUAUUAUUUCUGAUUUGUUCAUUGGAGUGAAGAUACCGAAACCAGACUAUGACAAAUUUAUUGAAACCAUGAAGGAGGUUUGUGAAUCAAGAAAUUUGCAGCUGAAAGAAUCAUUUAUAAUCAAAUUAAUCCAAACAUAUGAAAUGAUGAUUGUACGUCAUGGUUUUAUGUUAGUUGGAAAUCCUUUUGCUGGAAAGACCUCUACUUUACAUGUAUUGGCAGAAUCCAUGACUUUACUAAAGCAGCAAGGGGAACCUGAAGAGACAACCACAUUUACAACCAUGAAUCCGAAGGCAGUAACUAUGGGUCAGUUGUAUGGUCAGUUCGACUUGGUGUCACAUGAGUGGUCAGAUGGUAUCAUCGCAAAAGCUUUUAGAGAGUUUGCCAAGUCAGAGACUAGUGAUCGUAAGUGGAUAAUAUUUGAUGGACCAAUAGACGCAGUUUGGAUUGAGAAUAUGAAUACUGUUCUUGAUGAUAACAAAAAACUUUGCUUGAAUUCUGGUGAAGUUAUAACUAUGACAUCAGCAAUGUCAAUGAUAUUUGAAGUUAUGGAUUUAGCUCAGGCAUCUCCAGCAACGGUGUCACGCUGUGGGAUGAUUUAUAUGGAGCCAAGUAUUCUGGGCUGGAGACCUCUGGUAGAGUCAUGGCUGAAGUCUGCACCUCCAGAAUGGGCCACAGACCACAGUCACAAUCUCUUUGGAAUAUUUGAUUGGAUUGUUCCUCCUCUACUUAAUUUUGUCAGAAAAAAUUGCACUUUUCUUGCUCAUGCUGGCGAGUCAAAUAUUGUCAAGACUACAAUCAACUUAGUAGACAUGCUGCUAAGGGAUGCUUGUGCUCUCAACCCAAGUCUAAAUCACUUGCUAAUAUGGGUCCAGGUGUCUUGCCUGUUUGCAGGAGUUUGGGGCAUUGGUGGUGCUCUCAAUACAACAUCUAAAGAGCUGUUUGAUAUAUAUUACAAGGAGAUUUGGAAAGGAAGCAAUGAAGACUACCCAAUACCAGAAACAAUUGAUCCGAUAGACAUAUCAAUACCUUCAGAGGGUUUGAUCCAUGACUACUACUACAAUUAUUCUGGAAAAGGAACUUGGAAGUAUUGGCCAGAUGUACUGCGAAACAUGAAGAUUGAAGAGACUAUAAACCUGCAGCAAACAUUGGUUCCUACUGUUGACACUGCAAAGUAUUUCCAUGUCUUAGAGAUGCAUAUCCGUCAUAGAAUCCCUACACUCCUAGUUGGCCCUUCAGGCACAGGAAAGAGUUUUUAUGUACAGAAAAUGUUGAUGCACGAGUUGGAUUUGGACAAGUUUUCUCCAGCAUUUUUAACCUUUACUACCAGCAUUUCAGCAAACUUGACCCAGGAGCUAAUAAUAUCAAAACUACUGAAGAGGAGACGUGGUGUGUAUGGACCAGAGAAGGGAAAGUUAUCAGUAAUAUUUAUCGAUGAUAUGAACAUGCCAGCCAAGGAAGUGUAUGGAGCACAACCUCCUAUAGAACUUCUUCGUCAGUACUUUGACCAUGGUCAUUGGUAUGACUUGAAAGACACUUCCAAAAUUUAUCUGCAGGAUUUGCUCAUCCUCACUGCAAUGGGUCCACCAGGAGGGAGCAGGCAGGAUGUCUAUGCAAGAUUUUUAAGACAUUUUGAUAUAUUUGCGAUUAAUAGCUUUUCGGAUGAAAGUAUGACUCGAAUCUUUUCAACAUUGUUAUUUAUAGGUUUAAAGCGAAAUGGGUUUCCGUCAGAGGUCAUGCUGUCUGUGAACCACAUUGUGUCGGCCACACUGGACGUCUAUCACAAGACAAGUGCUGCUCUACUGCCCACCCCUGCCAAGUCUCACUACAGCUUCAGUAUGCGAGAUCUGGCAAGAGUCAUCAAUGGUCAUUUGUUGAUCAAGAAAGAGUCUGUAGAGGACAAGAAAGUGUUUGUAAAGCUUUGGACACAUGAGAUGAUGAGAGUUUUUUAUGAUCGGUUGAUCGAAGAUAUUGAUAGAGAAUGGCUUUUUGGAACAAUAAAACAAGCAGUUAAAGACCACUUUAAAGAAAAUUUUGAAAUGAUAAUGGCUAAUAUUCUAAAAGAAGGGCGCAAAUCAGUGUCUGAGCAGGAUCUCCAUGAUUUGAUGUUCUCUACGGCUCUGGAUGUAGAUGCAGAAGAUGAUCGUAAAUAUGAGGAACUAACCAUAGAACAGUUACGAGAUGCUGCAAUGAUUGUGCUGGAGGAGUACAACGCAACCCAUAAACAAAAAAUGGAUAUCGUCUUAUUCAGAUUUGCUUUGGAACACUUGUCUCGGAUUUGCCGAUUAUUGUCAAUAUCGGGAGGAUGUGCGUUGCUUGUUGGUGUCAGUGGAUCCGGACGACAGACUCUCACCCGCCUUGCUGCUGCAAUCUGUAACUUCAAUGUCUUUCAGCCAGAAAUCACCAAAAACUAUGGUUUUAGUGAUUGGCGAAAUGAUAUAAAAUCUGUAAUGAAAGAGUCUGGUGGUAGAAAUAAACAAAUUGUCUUUUUGUUCACUGAAAGUCAAAUAAAGGAAGAUUAUUUUCUGCAAGACAUUGACUCUUUACUGAACUCUGGUGAAGUGCCAAACAUAUUUCCUAUUGAUGAAGUUCAAGAGAUUUUGGAGAUGGUGCGUUUAGCAGCUCAAGGUGGUAAUCGCCAUCUUGACAUCAAUCCUUUGGCAGUUUACUCUUUCUUCACAAGCCGUUGCAAAUCAAAUCUUCAUAUUGUUCUGUGCUUUAGUCCAAUUGGGUCUGCCUUUCGAUUACGACUAAGAAUGUAUCCAUCUCUUGUAAAUUGCUGUACUAUAGACUGGUUUGAAGCAUGGCCAGAAGAUGCACUGGAAAGAGUGGCCCAUCGAUACUUAGCUCAAAUAUCUGUUACUAAUGAAGUCAAGGAAGCUGCUGUAGUAGUAUGUAAACACUUUCAUGUCACUGCGAGAGAUUUAGCAGAUGAUUUUUUCAAAGCAACUGGAAGGAAAACUUAUAUAACUUCUGGAUCCUACCUAAAUUUAAUUCGUUUAUACAGCACUCUCAUAACAGAGAAACAAGAUGAAGUAAUGGGUGCCAAAAUGCGAUAUGUUGGAGGUCUGGACCAGCUCGACUAUGCUGCUUCUCAGGUGGCAGAAAUGCGAAAAGAACUGGAAGAAUUGCAACCCAAGUUGAAAGUUGCAGCUGCAGAAACUGUAGCAAUGAUAAAGAUUAUUGAACAGGAAACAGUACAAGUAGAACAGGCCAAAGCAUUGGUUCAGAAGGAUGAGAAAGCAGCCACAAUACAAGCUGAAGCUGCAACUGCCCUGAAAACUGAGUGUGAAGCAGAUCUUGCAGAAGCUCUACCUAUUCUUGAAGAUGCAUUGGCAGCACUGGACACUCUUAAGCCAGCUGAUAUAACCCUGGUAAAGGCUAUGAAGAACCCUCCUGAAGCUGUCAAGUUAGUGAUGGCUGCUGUGUGUGUGAUGAAAGGUAUCAAGCCAGACCGAGUCCCCGACCCAGCCAAACCUGGUCGAAUGAUGUUGGAUUUCUGGGGCCCUAGUAAACGCUUGCUGGGUGAUAUGGGUUUUCUCCAGGGCUUAAAAGAUUAUGACAAAGACAAUAUUCUUCAAGAGAUAAUAACGACCAUUCGUAAAGACUACUUAACUAAUCCGAUAUUUAAGCCCGAGAUUGUAGCUAAAGCAUCAAGUGCAGCGGAAGGGCUGUGCAAGUGGAUUAUAGCACUCAGCAAGUAUGACAUUACAGCUAAGAUUGUUGGGCCCAAAAAAAUUAAGUUGGAAACAGCUGAAAGAGAAUAUGCCGAAACUAUGAAAAUACUUAAUCAAAAGUUGAGUGAAGUGAGAGCGUUAGAAGAAAAACUUGAUAACCUGAAUAAAAAAUUUGAUUUGGCAAAAGAACGCAAACAAAAAUUGGAAGAUGACGUACAGUUGUGUUCGGACAAGUUAGAGCAAGCCCAAAAACUCAUAGGUGGUCUCGGGGGAGAGAAGAGUCGCUGGAUGCAGGCUGCUGAAAAACUGCAGUUGGCUUAUGAGUGUUUACCAGGCGAUGUUCUUAUUUCUUGUGGUGUUAUUGCUUAUCUUGCAUUUUUUACUAGCUUGUACAGGCAAAACGUCAUAUUGGAUUGGAAGCAAUUAUGUGAUCAGAAGAAAAUUCCAAAUUCUUUAAAUUACAACAUGACUCAUGUCCUGGGAUCUGAUAUUAAAAUACAAAACUGGAAUAUUUAUGGCCUUCCCAGAGAUGCGUUUUCAAUAGAAAAUGCAGUCAUCUUGUAUUCAACAAACCGAUGGUCUCUUUUGAUUGAUCCACAAGGACAAGCGAAUAAAUGGAUUAAAUCCAUGGAAAAAUUCAAUGAACUGGAGGUUUUAAGAUUAUCAAAUCCCAAGUACAUGAAAAAGCUUGAAGUGUGCUUAGAGUAUGGGAUGCCUGCUUUAAUUGAAGAUGUGGGAGAGGAUUUAGAUCCUCCACUGGAUCCCAUUCUACUGAAACAGACAUUCAAGCAAGGUAACCUGGAGUAUAUCAGCUUGGGAGAUAAUGUAAUAGAGUACAACCCAAAGUUCCGUAUUUACAUUACAACUAAGUUGAGGAACCCCCACUAUUUGCCAGAAAUCUGUAAUAAAGUAACUUUGAUCAACUUUGCCUUGACUGUGGAAGGACUAGAAGAUCAGCUUCUAGGAAUAGUAGUGGCUAAAGAAAGACCUGAUUUGGAAGAAAAGCGACAAUUCUUGAUAGCAGAAAGUGCAAAGAAUAAACAAACUUUAAAAGAAACAGAGGACAACAUUCUACACAUCAUGACUUCUUCUGCUGGAAAUCUUUUGGAGGAUAAAACAGCAAUAGAAGUGCUUGAUUCUUCAAAGGCACUUUCUGUGGAUAUCCAAGAAAAAGAAAAGAUUUCACUGGAAACAGCAAAAAUUAUAGAUGAAUUUAGACAAGGAUACCGACCUGUUGCACAGCACUCUGCCAUACUUUACUACUGCAUUACAGACUUGCCAAACGUGGAUCCAAUGUAUCAGUACUCUUUAAUUUGGUUCAUCAACAUCUACAUAAUAUCUAUUGAAAAUGCAAAUGAAUCAAAGAUAUUGGCCAAACGGUUAGAGUUUCUCAAGGAUAAGUUUACUCAUAACUUGUAUACCAAUGUCUGUCGUUCUUUAUUUGAAAAGGACAAAAUAUUGUUUUCAUUUGUUCUGUGUUCAAGUAUUAUGAUAGCUGAAGGCAAGUUACACAAAGGCGAGUUAAAUUUUCUUCUAACUGGAGGUGUUGGUUUAGAAAAUCCUUUCCCUAACCCAGCCUCAAAGUGGCUUAUUGAUAAAUCGUGGGAUGAAAUCUGCAGAGUGUCACAACUUCCAAUUUUCAAAGGAUUCACUGAAAGUUUUAGUGAAAAUCUACAAGACUGGCAAAAUUUGUAUGACUCAGACGAACCUCACUUGCAGCCACUUCCAGCCCCUUGGGAUAUGACACUCAACAACUUCCACAAACUGAUAGUUAUCAGGAUGAUCAGACCUGAUAAGGUCGUACCAUUGCUUAUCAAAUGUGUAGAAGACGAAAUGGGAUCCAGAUUUGUGCAGCCACCUCCAUUUGACAUUGUCAAGAGCUACGGUGACUCCAACUGUCUCAGUCCUCUGGUAUUUAUUCUCUCUCCGGGUGUGGAUCCGAUAGCUGGUCUCAUGCAGUUUGCCAUCAAGAAAGGCUAUGGAGCAAAGUUCCAGUCAAUAUCUCUCGGUCAAGGCCAGGGGCCAAAAGCAGCUGAGUUAAUAAAGAAUGGGCAGAGAGAAGGAGGAUGGGUGUGUCUGCAGAACUGUCACCUGGCUGUCUCAUGGAUGUCUAGCCUGGACAACAUAUGUGAGAACUUUGACAUUACCAACACAUCCCAGGAGUUUCGGCUGUGGCUCACUAGCUACCCGACCGACAAGAUGUACCUGAAUGAAUAUGAAGAGGUGCCAUUUGCUGCCAUCCUGUAUCUGACAGGAGAGUGUAACUAUGGUGGUCGAGUGACAGAUGACUGGGACCGCCGAGCUCUCAACACAAUCCUGCAGGACUACUGUAACCCCAAGGUCAUCAAUAUGACCAACUACCGAUUCUGUGAGAUCAGUGCUCAGUUUGCUGUUCCAGAACGAUUUGAAUACAAUCAUUUUAUAGAUGCCAUACAGGAUCUACCCACAAUGACUACUCCUGAUGUAUUUGGACUCCACAUGAAUGCAGGCAUAACAAGAGACUUGCAAACAACCAAAAACCUAUUCAACACGAUGCUUCUCCUGCAAGGGGGAGCUGCCUCGGGUGAGGCAGGGGAGGGGGAUUCUAUUCUCAAUGACAUUGCAUUGGACAUCCUAGGCAAGUUACCCAAGAAGUAUGACAUUGAAGCUGCAAUGGAGAAGUACCCAGUGGAAUAUUCAGAGUCCAUGAACACAGUUCUUGUCCAGGAGCUUGAGAGGUUUAAUAGACUUCUUGGAACCAUUAAAUCCACCCUUGAAGAUCUUAAAAAGGCUAUUAAAGGAACAAUCGCUAUGAGUCCUGCUCUAGAAUCCAUUGCUAAUGCUCUUAUGAUAACGAAGGUUCCAGAUGCUUGGAAGAGAGUAUCGUAUCCUAGUUUGAAACCUCUAGGAACAUACAUUUUUGACUUUUUGGAGCGAUUGCAUUUCUUACAGACAUGGUUUGACCAAGGAAAACCAGUGAACUUUUGGAUAUCAGGAUUUUUCUUUACACAAGCUUUCCUAACAGGUGCUAUGCAAAAUUAUGCCCGUCGAUAUACAAUCUCCAUAGAUCAAUUGACCUAUGACUUCCAAAUAAUGACAAGCGAUCGCAUGAAGACUCCUCCCACCGAUGGUGUUUAUGUUUAUGGUUUAUUCCUGGAUGGGGCUCGUUGGGAUCGUCAACGCCAACACCUGGAGGAGCAAUUGCCUAAAGUGCUCAAUGACAUUGUUCCUAUCAUCUGGUUCAAGCCCACUCUCAAGUCCCAGCUGGUCGCUGGCACUCGCUACAACUGCCCACUGUACAAGACGUCUGAGAGACGGGGCAUCCUGUCCACCACAGGCCAUUCCACCAACUAUGUCUUGCCCAUCCUCAUGCCCACACAGAAACUUUCAACCCACUGGGUCAAGCGUGGAGUCGCCCUUCUCUGUCAACUCACUGAUUAGCAGCUUUGUCUGUUUUUGUACUCUACUGUUUAGUUUAAAAUUGACUAUACAAAUAUCUUACAAAUAUAAAUGAAAAUACAUGUUAAAAAAACAUUCAAUAAAAAAAUCUUGAUACUGUACUAUACUAGUUUCUUAAUAAAUGGUUUUAAAAACGAUGUUAGUUUGAGUUCCUCACUUUACUAAAAUUUAAAAAGGACAUAGGGAAUCCAUAUAACGUUGUAGGAUGUAAUCGUUAAACUUAAAAGUGUAACUAGUAAGUGUAACUUUACUCAUACUAAAUGUUACUGUAUAGUGUUACCAGUAAAACGCAAUAGAACCUCUACAGCAAAGGGAUUUGGGAGGACCAUGCUAUCAAGGCUGUCUAUACUUAAAAUCACACUAUUGAGCCACACUGGUUUAUCUUAACUCAUUUUAUAGUAAGUUCAUAUGUGAAGAAUGUAUGCUGAAAGGUUUUGUUGUCAAAAGUACAUUAACAGUAUAAUAGUGUACACCACAUUAUUAUUACAACAACAAGCUUUGUAAUUUAAAUUCGACUUCAACAGAAAUGUAGUUAUACUACAGUAUUGUAGUUACACAUUAAUACUGUACCAAUGAUGGAUGAAAAAGGACAACACGACUACUUGAUGCUACAGACAAAGGUAAUUCAUGUGUCAGAUUGGAGGGGGUUUCAUGGCUAGACCUGUGUCCAAGAUAUUGCUUCUCUCAAAACACUUUACUGACCAAGGGAAAAAUGCGUUGGAAUUUGGGUGGAGUCAUAAUGUAGGGUUUGAAUAUGUAAAAGGUCUUAUUAUUGAGAUUAAACUCUGUAACACAAAUAGAGUGCUAUAGAGGGUUAAAGAUUUGACCUAAAUUGGAAAAAAAUCUUACUAAUAAGUUUUAAAAACAAAUAAAAGUUACUGUAAAAGUAUUAAAAAUUUUGAGCUAGAGUGUUAUAGUGAUUUCAAG